AGAGGACCCGGAAGGCCCUUUGCAUUGGGACUGCUAGUUUUCUGUGGGUCACAUGCAAGGUCUCUCAUGGAGGGUGUCACGGUGGUCCUCCUCCUUAUCUGGACUCUGAUAUCUCCCAGCAGCAACGGCAAAGCCUGGCCCCCACACACGGUCUGCCGGGAUGGAAACUUGGAAGUGUUCUACCAGAGUUGUGAUCCACUACAAGAUUUUGGCUUUUCUGUUGACCAGUGUUCUAAACACUUGAAGUCAAAUCUCAACAUUAGGAUUGGAAUCGUUCUGAGAGAGGACAUCAAAGAGCUGUUUCUUGACAUAGCUCUCUUCACUAAAGGAUCGUCCAUUUUGAAUUUCUCCUAUCCCAUCUGUGAAGAGGACCUACCGAAGUUUUCCUUCUGCGGGAGAAGGAAAGGGGUUUCUAGAGGAUGCUGGCAUUCCUUGGCAUUUAUCCAUCCUUGUGAUCUCACUGAACUCAUCCAGAGCAGAUUUAUUAUGCUGGCCCCAUCAAUAAUCCUGGAUUUGAAAUUCUCGAGGGAGAAUACCAGGUCUUGCUGGAACUGUAUAAUGAGAAGCGCUCCACCGUGGCCUGCGCCAAUGCUACGGUCAUUUGCUCCUGAGAAGCUAAGACGCGGAGCACGCUCUGUCUCGUGGGAACUGCAGGCUGCCCACACUGAACCUGCUCUGGAAGAAACACCAGUCGACAACAGAGAGGCUCAUCAGAGGUGCAGGUGCAGAUUUUAGCCCCGGGGGCCAGACGUCCCCAGACUCCACAGGUGUACGUGCUUCUAAAGGAGCCUCCUGAUGGUCGCCAGCCCGUGGGUCCACCCUCCUCCAAACGGCCAGGCUCUCCUGCUUCUCAGCUCCUCGGGAGCACUUCUUCAGUUACCCAGAAUAAAGAAAUCUGGCCCACA